UACCCUAAGGGAUUCAGCGAUCUUAUGAAUAUGACUAGCGCAUUCAUGGAGUAUUGGUUCGAGCAAGGCAAUGGGGAGGAAGCUAUCAAGUGUUACAACAUUGUAAAACAGUUGGUAAAAGUCAGGGAAGCCACUACUGUCAAUACACUCUUGGACCUUCUUCUCAAAUAUGGGAGAAAAACCGAAGCUUGGUCCUUGUUUAAUGAGGUUUUGCACAGCGAGGAACUGCGCGAUUUUAAUCAAGAUACGCUAAAUAUCAUGGUCAACGAGUGCUUCAAGAUGGGUCAGUUUGACCAGGCAAUCCAGACUUUCAACAAGGUGAAAGCAUCAAAGCUGAAAUACACACUAGUUAGUUGUUAUAGAAAUAUUAUUACUAGGUUUUACGAGCGUGACAUGUUGUUGGAGGCAGAGCAAUUCUUUGAAGAAUUGUGUUUAGAUAGAUUGGCGUACCCUGAUGUUUCGAUAUACACAACAAUGAUAGAUGCAUAUUUAAAAGCAGGAAGAACCGUGGAUGCUCUCCGAACCUCAGACAGGAUGGUUGAUGCGUUUCUAGGUCGUGUUGCUUGGCUAGCUUGCCUCUAAUUUGUGUGUGUGUGUAUGCUUCUUUUUUUUUUUUUUUCAUUUUUUUCAUUCUGUUAAUUGUGUGUACUGUAGCUUAAACUUCUGUCAGAAUUCUUUUAGUGGCGUUUCCUCUAAUCAUAAUAACAAUAGCCGAUCUUUCUA